CACAUGAGGCAAAGGACGAAGGAAAUGCAGCAGGCAGGACAAGAAGCAGAUGGAGAGGCUGUGAUGAAGGCUCAGUUUCCCGGAGGAAGCAGUGGCUCAUUGGCAACUUCUGCUGCAGGAAGGGAGGCAAUGCCAGGCACAGCCACAGGAGAUGAGGUGUCUGGAAAGGCUUCUCCAUUAGAUGGACGGCAUAAAGUUUUGAAGCCUUUGGAACCUCCUGCAGAUGUGUCUGCAGGGAGGACUUUUCUUGUUCCUUUGCUGGUUCCUUCACCGAAGCCAGGCUCUCAUCGCAGGGGUCCUCAAACAGGAAAGUACAAAUCUACAGCACAGAAGGAAGCUCAUGAGCCAUCUGAAUACAUGAGGCAAAGGACAAAGGAAAUGCAGCAGGCAGGACAAGAAGCAGAUGGAGAGGCUGUGAUGAAGGCUCAGUUUCCCGGAGGAAGCAGUGGCUCAUUGGCAACUUCUGCUGCAGGAAGGGAGGCAAUGCCAGGCACAGCCACAGGAGAUGAGCUUGCUAGGAAGAUUUCUCCAUUAGAUUGGCUGAAGAAAAUUUUGAAGCCUUUGGAGCCUCGUGCAGAUGUGUCUGCAGGGAGGACUUUUCCUGUUCCUUUGCUGGUUCCUUCACCGAAGCCAGGCUCUCAUCGCAGGGGUCCUCUGAGAGGGAAGAAAAAAGGCACAGGGGAGAAGAAAGCCCAUGAGCCAAAUAACAUCCUUAAACAAAUGGUGACAGAACUGCACAAAGGGAAUGCUGAACCUGUUGGUGAAGGUGAUCUGGCUUCCCAACCCACGUUCAGGAUUGAGCCUCUGGGACAUGGCGAGGUGAUGGAGCAAAAGGCAGGACAGAAGGAGGUGUUUCCACAAGGAAGUAGAGGCCAAUUGGCAGCCUCUGCUGCAGGAAAGGAGGAGAUGCCAGACAUGGGCACAGGCACAGGAGGUGCAGCCAGCCCCACCACACGUGUUCUGGAUUCCCAGAAGGACCCUGGAAGGAGUUUCUGUAAAGCAAUAGGCUGCUGGAUAGGAUUAAUGGCAGGGCUGCUAUUUUGGAGCUUAUUUUCAUCUUAUGCUGUGUGCAAAUUUGGACUUACUGGAAAAGGGUGA